UAUAUGUACUGUAUAUAAAUCCGUUUUUCAAUAACUGCGUAGGUUACGGUUAAGAAGUGGAACCAUGAAGCAGGAACGGUUUGGUUCUGCGGCCUUUGCUUGCUGUAUUGUGCUGGCACUCGGAAGUCUGAAAGAGAUCUCUGCCAAACGGUACUGCGGGGGUGAGUUAUGGUCAGUAAUGAACUUCCUUUGCCAGGAGUUCCCGUCUUUGCAUGAUCGCCACAAGAAGGGGGAAACCUAUUUCCGGCGCCUGGUUGAUGAUGAAUCUAACUCACAGACAAACGGUGAUAAUGAGCUGCAUUUUAGCGUGGCUCCUUUCCGGUCGCUUGCCGACUGGCCGCCGCGUUGGAUGAAGCCCGUGUUGGCUCAACGAAAUCCUAGUGCUUACGACCCGAGCGAAGGCGAUCGCAUCAUUCCGAUCCGAUUCCGCCGGGAGCAUUUUGGCAUUAUAGAGGAGUGCUGCAAAACGGACUGUACCAUGUCACAACUGAUAUCUUACUGCAAGGUAGUGUCGCCUUCCAUCAAGGCAGUGGUCACGAUGUGAUGUGUGUGGUGCUU